UCGUUAGCAGACAAGGAAUUGACUGUGUUGCAGAUGGUACUUGGAAAUGGUGCAGUGCCAGUGCAGUGUGCUGCUGCCAGUAUGAGCCUCUGACUGUGUUAUGAGCUAGCAGGCUAGCUAACGUUAGCCGGAGGAUGAACGAUGUUCAGCUGGCUGCAGCUAGCAGCACACUUUGUCCUUUAAUGUGUGUAACACGUUAACAAAGUUAAAAAGUCUGACCACAGGUGUCUCGACGGGGCUUUUUAGCGUUAUAGCUGCGUAUUACGUCCCUUCAAAUGACGACCGUUGGUUUGUUGUUUUCCUUCAAAGUCUGCGUCAGGGAUAAGGCAAAGGAUAGCAGGGAGCACAGUUGGGGUUAACCCUUCUUUAAUAAUCUUUCCUUUUCUAAAAAUGUUUCCAUCAGUGUCAGCUCACACGAACCCCAGUCAUAAGCUGAUUCAAAGAGUCAUGUAGCCUACUUGUACACGAAAGCGUCUGUUCAGAAGAAAUUACCAGCGUUUUCCGAAUUUCUGUUGCGUUAAUUUUGUAUGCUAAGUCAGACUUGUCAGAGUUUAAUCGUGGUUUGAGUUUGUAUCAUCCGGAUUCAGCUAACAAUGAUACAAAAUAUGAAACUGUACGGACGCUAUUUUCAUAUACCCUAGAGCCAAAUGGCGAAGCUUUUGUCGUAUUAAGUGUACGGUUCCAAUGUUUUCAAACGCAAGUACAUUUGCACUUGACAAACAUAAUCGACUGUAAACACAUCUCAAGAAACGGUCAUGGGGUGGAGUGGAACACAGCUCUGAUUUAAUUUAAUCAGCUCGGUCGUAAUGAAAUUUGAUCAGGAUUUUAUAAAAAUAAAACGUGUGCCGUUAUUGAAUCUUAAAUGCUGUGGAGCCACUCACACGAGUCUCUAUGCACGUACGUUGUUAGUCACUACAUGUGUCUGAGCUACUCUUGUGUUUGCCGGUGACCUUCACCUCAUAGUACUCAUGCGUUGUUUUUUUUUCCCAUCCUGUCACAAUCCCGUUACAAGAUCUCAGCGUUUCGCAGUGAUAUUUGUAUCUCCCAAAAUGUAUUACAUUACUAUCAUUCUCCCUCAUCCGUUUUAUUUUUAAUGUGAGAACCUGAUCUGAGCAUGUGAUGUCUCCUCUGCCACAGUGGUACUGUAUACAGCAUGCGUUCAGGGAAGGAUGUCCUUGUAGCUCCACCGUAACAACGGCACAUUGAUUAACUGGGACCGCUCAGCGACCUCAUUAAGCAUGGAAAUUAUAAGACACACACAGAAGAGCUGUAAUUGUGUUACUUAUUUUUAAAUACUUCAUUCACUGUCUGUGUGUCUCUCUGUGAAGCAGACACUGUUGCGACACGGCGGGUCAUGUGACCGUCAGUGGAAACCUAACUUUUUGUGGGAAACGAAAACGAAACUUGUUCCGUCUGUGCAUCACUGUUUCCCUUCUCUUACACGCGGCAGGUUGCGGAUUUUUCCUUUACUUUCUUGGUGUGAUAGUUAAGCUUCGUAAUUUUUUUUGCAGCUCCUGCAUACAGCAUUUGUAAGCGAGCGACAAAACAGGAUCUGUCACUCUGGAAACUACGGAAACGACGCAUCUCAUCCCGAGCAGAAGAAGAUCCUGCGCGCUAGAAAACGUUUUUAUCCUUUCUCAAAUUAAACAGUCGAGAUAGUUCAAAAUUUGCUAAUCUACAGCCGGACUUUAUGUGGUUACUAUCCAUUCAAUCUCUGAGAAACGGCAGGAACAGCAACGUUAAGUCAGCACCAACGUUUCAUCUUCUUUUUCCCAGCUACCACUUGCAUUUCAGCUGCUGUAGGCUCUCUCAGUGUGCAUUUGGCCUGCCCUGACUUUCCAUCGGGGUUUGCUGUUUGUGCUUGAGGACGUACACUUCUACAGAAGCUGCACCCCCAGCUGCACCGCCCCCCUUCACGCUCAACCCCUGCGCUAUGAGCAGAGGUAGAGGAGGGCCUGCUAGAGAACACUACCACUGGCAUCCGCAACCAGACCUCCAUGCCAAAGAGCAUUACCACAGACCUGGCCCAGCCUCACUCUUCCCUAGACGGGGCCCACAGCAAACCCCAUAUUCAAAUUAUUACCAUAGACCUGCCUGUCCCAUAGUGCCCAUACAGACCCCGGGUCCCUCUCUCAUCCCCUCCGCUCCACCCAUUUCAGACCACAAUAAAGUAGCCCCUAAACCAGUGCCCCAUACAAGCUCUUUUAAUCCAAAUUACUGUCCCAAUCCUGGACCCAGUUCCUUUCGGUACCAACAGAUUGAGUUCCUUAGAGGACACACCUCUGAGGCACCACAAUUCAGAACCAGUCCACGUGGAGGUGGAGGGGGAGUGGUACCUGGACGACUGCCUCGUUCCACAUACCAGCCCCAGUCAGGUUAUAGUGGAUAUCCAAACUCCAACAGCAGCCCUAGGGGUAGAGGGGUGUAUAGUCAGGAUCAGAGUUUUGGAUACCCCUCUGGUGUAAGAGCUCCACGACACACCCCAGGUCCACGACACCUGAAUCAAAACCGGUUGCAAGGUCAAAACCAAAACCAGUACUCCAGUAGACAGUCAUGCAUCCAAACAGACUCUCUGUCUGAGAAUUUUAAGAAUUUGUCAAUUUAUCAAGACAGGUCCAACAGAGGAGGAAAAGAGUUUGGUAGAUAUUCUUCAUCCAGCUGCUCAGUGAAUUUGAGGUUUACUAAAGGUGACAUCACUCUUACUCCUGACGUCCAGGGCGAGGUUUACCAGGCUUUGGCUGCUUUGAAGCCAGGUGAGAGUACCUCUGCAAAAUUGUUAGCCAAAAAGCUGCGUCUGCCUAAAAAGAUAGUCAACAGAGCUCUGUACUCUUUGGAGCGGACACAGAAAGCCUCCAAGCACGAACUCCUCCCUCCCCAGUGGACCCUUUACGGAGAACCUUGCAGAGGUGCAGAUCAAAACUCUGCAGUGCAAAGUCCAGCUUCCCUUCUCUGUUUCAACUCAGAACACCCUUCCCAAGCUAGGCUUGGGCCAAAAUCAGAAACAACAGCAAACUUGGGACAAGCCAGAGAAGAGUAUUCUGACACAGAAUCCAGUUCUUCUAAUUGCUCCUCUAUAGAUUCACUGGACUCUCAAGAAUCCCAGUCACCAGGAGAAGGUCAGUGGCAGGCGAAACAACUUCCUGGCACUACCAGCUCCCCUGAUCAGGAACUUCAGUGUCCCAUAAUGUCAGACCAGAAGGAGUUAGUUCUGCAGUACCUCUUGAAUUCAAGGGAGGCAACUGCUCUUGUCAUAGCCAAAAAUCUGGGUUUUAGGACUGCCAAGCAGGUCAAUCCCACCCUCUACGCCCUGGAGAAUCAAGGUCAAGUAAUUAAGAAUGGCGAAGUCAACCCUCCCACCUGGGAGCUCUCCACCCGCUGCAGAAUGAGGAUGGAGAGGAGCCUUAAAGCUGCACAGAGCACUGCAAAUGAGGUGGUUCAAAUGGAGAUGGAAACCAAUGAGGAAGGAGGAGAGUCCGUCUUGCUGCCAUCGCCACCAAUACCGGGUCUUGAGCCACUACCAUUUCAGGAGGGUUGGAUUCCAGAGAAAAGUCAGCCCCAAUCUCUUCAGCCCCCCUUCUCUGCUUUAUGUAAAAACAAAAAGAGCAGUGAAGAACAGUGGGCCACUGAUGAUAUCCCAGAAUUCCUCAAUGCCAUUCGCAGAGAGACAGACGCUGAGAAACGGGCAGCAGAGAAGGCCAACAUGGUGGGAACUGUAGCUGUGUCGCUGGCUGCUCCACCUCCUCAGAACCUGUGGGCCAAAUUACAGGAGGUGAGGCUGAAGAAUCCCGUCAGCGGCCUCAUGGAGUAUGCCCAGUAUCUGGGCCAAAACUGUGAGUUCCUGCUCCUCGAUCAGUCGGGACCCUCUCAUGACCCAAGAUUCCGUAUGCAAGUGAUGCUCAACGGGAGGGUGUUUCCUGCCGCAGAAGCUUCCAGCAAGAAGGUCGCAAAAAAGGAUGCUGCUGCGGCCACUUUGCGCAUUCUCAUGGGAGAGAUGCAGGGAGGGUCGAGGACAGGGGACGAGGAAAAUACUGACCAAGUGAUGGGUCUGCUCCCAGAGGCCAGUAGGCCAGCUGAAGGCGUGGGGGGAACUUGUGGUACUGGUAGUGUGGAAGGGAUGGGAGAGGGACAUCGCCAGCCACUGUCCCGCUCUCUGCCUGGUGGGAAGAAUCCAGUGUCUGUCCUAAUGGAGUACAGCCAGCGCAGCGGGAACCCCAUCGAAUUCAUCAUUACUGGGCAGGCAGGUCCACCACAUGACCCAAGGUUUAUGUACAGGGUGAAGGUCGGAGAGAACUUGUUUUCAGAGGCCUCGGCGCCAAGCAAGAAGGCUGCCCGCCAGCUGGCUGCCGAGGAGGCCGUCAAAGAAUUGAUGUCUGAUGGGAAACUACAGCUCAACAAGCCUCAGUUGCCCCUGGGCUCUUCCAGCGAUAGUGAUGGCAGUGGUUCUGGGACUACAUGUCCCUCUUUGCCCCCUUUGACUGCAGAUGAAUUGCGAGCAGCACAUGAGGCUGGGGUUGGAGACCUCAUCAACCACCUGAACAACAAUGCAGUGUCAGGUCUUCUGGAGUACGCUAGAGCGCGGGGAUUUGCUGCUGAGAUCCGACUGGUGGGCCAGUCUGGACCACCACAUGAGCCUAAAUUCACCUACCAGGCGAAGCUGGGCGGGCGCUGGUUCCCUCCAGUGUGUGCGUCCAACAAGAAGCAGGGAAAACAGGAAGCAGCAGAUGCUGCUCUCCGAGUUCUGAUCGGAGAGGCUGAGAGAGCAGCUCGCACUGGGGAGCUUAUCCCAGCUGAGCUUCCAGUGAGUGGCAGCACGUUGCAUGACCAGAUAGCGAUGUUGAGUCAUCAACGUUUCAACGCCCUCACCACACGCAUCCAGCACAGCCUUCUGGGACGCAAGAUUCUGGCCACCAUCGUCAUGAGGAGAGGGGAGGGCCUGGGGACCGUGGUCAGCCUGGGAACUGGAAAUCGCUGUGUUAAAGGAGAGGAGCUGAGCCUUAAAGGGGACACUGUUAAUGAUUGCCAUGCUGAAAUUAUCUCCAGACGGGGAUUUAUUCGGUUUCUAUACAGUGAGCUGUUCAAGUACUGUGACGGCACAGACGACAGUAUAUUUGAACCAGCAGAGAAAAACAAACUGCAAAUCAAACCCGACAUCACCUUUCACCUCUACAUCAGCACGGCGCCUUGUGGGGACGGCGCUCUGUUUGACAAGUCAUGCAGUGAGGCAGGUGAUGAAGUCGAGGGCCAUCAGCCUCUGUUUGAAAAUGCUAAGCAGGGCAAGCUCCGCACUAAAGUAGAGAACGGUGAGGGCACCAUCCCAGUGGAGUCAAGUGCCAUUGUGCCCACCUGGGAUGGCAUCCAGCACGGGGAGAGGCUGCGAACCAUGAGUUGCAGUGAUAAGAUCCUGCGCUGGAACGUGUUGGGUCUGCAGGGGGCGCUGCUCACCCAUUUCCUGAAUCCCAUCUACCUGAAGUCCAUCACGCUUGGCUAUCUGUACAGCCACGGGCACCUGACACGUGCUGUUUGCUGUCGGCUGGCCAGAGACGGGGAUGGUUUCUCCAAAAGUCUCCCUGCUCCCUUCGUACUGAACCACCCAGAGGUGGGCAGGGUGAGUGUGUACGACUCCACGCGUCACACCGGCAAGACCAAAGAGUCCAGUGUGAACUGGAGCUUUCCAGACCAGCAGAGCGUAGAGGUGCUGGAUGGGACCAAAGGCAAACUAGAUGGGAACAAAUUGAGUGUGUCCAGAGUGUCCAAGUCCAACCUGUUUGCUCUUUUCCGCUCUGUGUGCCAACGGUGUGGCCGCGCUGACCUCCUCUCGCUGCCUUCCUACUCGCAGGCCAAGAUGUCGGCCUCGCCUUUCCAGCUAGCCAAGCAGCAGUUCUUCCAUGCUCUCAGUGUCCACGGUUACGGCGCCUGGAUCGGCAAGCCAUUGGAAGAGAAGAGCUUUGAGGCGGGGGAGGGAACCACAUAUAAUGGAGCAAGUGUCCCUAUGGGAAACAGCAGCAGUCGAAACGGUGGAGCUGUGGAGUACAUGCAAGAGAACGCAUAGAACAGUAUAAUAUAAAAAUGUGGGGGGAGAAAAGCACAAGGGGCCAGGGCACAUUGAAAAGAGUGGAUGGGGAGGGGGAAGCACAGGACAAUCAAACAACGUGUAGCUGGCGGCCAGAACUGUAUCUUGUGAUGAAACAUGAUAAAAGGCUGCAGGAGAAGAGCGACAGAAAAGGACAGCAGACAUGAGAGGAAGAUGACAAGGGCAAAGCCUGAAGGAUGAGUGGGGUCAUAGAGAGCUAUGGCGAAAUCCACCAGUUGUACAGAAUAAAGUAAACACUAAAUGAAAAAGGAAUCAUUUUGAAGUCAUCAUGAUAAACACUGCUACAAAUUCAUUGUUUUAGUUUGUAAACCCAUUAUCUCUAUCAACAACUAUAUGUAUAAGAAUGUAGAAUCUGUAGGCAAGGGACAAGAUUUUGGCAUCAUAAGCCUUCUGGUUUCUGUUUAGUCUAUAGGACCAGGACUACAGUCACUAGGUCAACAGUCCGCGUGGAGAACAUAAAAGAGGAAGAGCAUUGGCUGAAAUUCAAUUUCAGAACCCACUGGGUAUCGUGCGACUAUAGUUGAACUUUUUUUUUGGCCUUAUUUUUAGGAGUCGCUUCUCAACUCCAUUCUAACAUUUCAAGAUGCUAAUUAGAAUGUCCACAAUGACCAGUGCAUGAAAGUGGAAGUCUUGGCCCAGAUACACAUUAUCUGGUUAUACCAGAUGCCCUAGAGGCUAAAUUGUUGUCAGACGAUAGCCGGUUCCAUUAGUUUGCAAAGCGAUUUCUGUUUAUAAACUUCCUUUACAUCUGUAGACUGGUCUCAGUUUGUAAUUUCGUUUUCCCCCGGUUUUUACUGUGGUGUGUGGCAUAUGCUGCCAUUAGUUUUCCACUGGUCUUGAUAAGCCAGCUCAUUUUUGCAGGUGCUUUGACCAUUGCUAUUGCAGUUUUAACCCAGCUGACAUGGCCUCUUUAGACCACUGUUUGUUGACUAAUUUUGCCGUAAGAGGUUGAGUAGCUGACAAGUGCUACUAAUUUACAUUCAUCCCAAUAUAACUCCCCCAUUGUAGCAGUGCUUGUAAUUGUGAUUACGCUAAUUUAGAGUUUAAGUCCUCUUUCAUGAAGUGCUGAUUAUUAUUUACUGUUCCCUCUGUUCUCCUGCAUGGAAAGAAAGGCAGAUUGCUUUUAGGAUGUCAAGCAGAAACAAUGGACACUGAGCUGGAAUCUUGUUUUUUGAAAAAUGAACUCACCCCAGUUAGGGUAAAUCAGUUUUUGUUUAACGCAAUCCCAUCCUUCACUGUACACAAGAGGCUUCUAUUGUACAUAAGAAUACCAUUACCAACUUAAAUCAUCAUCAGCAACUUACCAAACAUUCACUGUAUGACAUCUGAGGGUUAAGCUCCUGUACAUUCUCUAAAGUCCUCAGUCUGGCCCCUUUUCUGAGUAAAAGUUUAAAGUUGCAGUCCACCCUCAACUGCCCAUGCAUCCACAUGCUUUUGCUAAGGUUCCCAUUAGCAUAGCAUUGGUCUGUGUGUCCCUUUGAUCUGUCCCAUCACUUCUCUGUGCUUUUGUGUUUUUAUAUUGAAAUAUUGAUGUCAUAACUUACAACGUGUACAAUAUUUCUGUUCUUGUUCUUGUGUUUUUCUGAGAAUUAUUUUCUUGUUUUCUUCACUUCUGUUAAUAAGCUCAUCUCUAGUUGGCCAUGCUAGCAAAUUCUGGAAAGUAUGUUGAUUUCUUAAUUUUAUUUUAUUUUUUUACAUGUUGAUAUAAAAAGGCCUUGAGGUUCACUUGCGAGGCCUGUUCUUGGGGACUGCUAAGUGACAGCAGAUUUGUUGUCUCCGGAGAGUGCAUAGUCUUUUUAAGUUGCUGUAGAUGGACGGUGCAAUAUAUACAUCAGGUAUAUACAAAUACAUGAACACACAGAUGCACAGUGGGGUCCAAAAGCCUGAGUCCACCUCCAGAAACUUAUUUUUUGAAAAGUAACACAAACAUUUAAUGUCAACUUUUUGUAUUAAAAAAAAAAUUUAUAAUCAGAGAGAGCGAAGUUCUCAGUGUUUGUCCACUGCACUGCAAUGCUCUCGUAUUGGACAGUGAUACGCAGAAAGACAUCUGAGGUUCAUUCUUCAAGAAUUCGCAUUAUCCAAGUACUCGUUAAGGGCUUGUCAAACAUACUGUCAUACAUAGUGUCACCUGUCAGAAUUACUCUCUCAUGAAUGAUUAUUAUCUUGGAGGUGAUAACCACAUACGAAAAGCCAUGUCAGUCAGCACUCCACUGAAAUCCUUCAAACAGCUUUGAUGCCUGUACAGAGCGGUUUAGAUGGAUGUUAUGCCACUGUAGAACAGAGUGGCACCGCUCUCCGGUCAAUGUGUUGUUACCUUUGUUGGUGCAGCCCCAAAGUUUAAGAAUAGUGGCACAGAAUAGUGGAGUUUUUUGUUUUUUUUUGGAUAAUACAGUCAUAAAACCCAGAUUUUUGGAUCCUUCAGCACUUGCAUAAAACAACUAAUUUGUUUUUAGUAUUUAUAGCAUUUUUUUAAAGAUUACAUUAUUUUAACAAAAGAAAAGGACUUCUUUUAGUUUUAUAAUUUGUGUCAUUAAAUACACGUUAUGGUACUGGACUCAGACUUUUGGACCCUGCAAAAAUGGAUAUUUAAAUGUUAUGCUGUAUAUACUCUGUGUGUGUAUGUACAUGUAUAGGUUUAAUGUAUAUAUUUUGUAAAUCAUCUACAGUUGCUUUUCUAUAUUUUUUUCCCUGAUGUUUUAAUUAAACUGCAAAGAAUAUGCCAUUUUUCUACCGAUAAAGUUUGGAAAGUAAGAAAAAUAAUAAAAUAAGUGACACUGUUUCAUUGCAA